AUGCCAUACACACAACCUAGUUCACAACUAGCACAAGUGACGGGCAAAGCAAACGGAACCCAGCACAAGUAUGAUGGGAAACUCCGCACUGAAAGGAGCUUGCCGCUCAAUAAGCCUGCUUCCAGCGGGAUCCGCACUUCACCUCGCAAGCCCGCAAUGAAAGCUGCCGCUACUGCCAUUUGCACAGCCAAAAAGCUUGUACGAUUUAAAGAUGACCUCGAGCACGUCAGAGUAUUCCGGAAAUCCGAUUGCCCCGAGGCUGCGAACCAAGAUACCCCCAACAGCCUCAGUGUUGUCAGCCAGCAUCUCUCGGUGACUGUGACAGACUCAUCGCCGCACCUCAUCCGUCGUUUUGAAGGCAAUAAUUGUAUCUUGAACAAUUAUAAACAGUCGCAAGUGGAGGAGCCUGUCAUACAAUUCAGAAACAUCCGCAUUUCCAGGGAGACAAUGUCGGCAAUUGGAGUUGUUACUGUCAAGAACUUGGCCUUUCAGAAGCACGUUUUUUGCCGUUUCACGUUGGACGGCUGGACGACUCAGUCUGAUAUUGCUGCUGAGUACGUGUAUCCUGUCAGGCAGACAGACAGAAACAGUGCUCGAGAUUCCUUUGUAUUUUCCAUCCCGAUUUCGGAUUAUUGUCGGCUGGGGAACAACACCUUGGAGUUUUGUAUUCGGUAUUGUGUCAACGGACAAGAGUAUUGGGCAAACAACGACUCCAACAAUUUCGUCGUGUUCUUCAAUGUCGAUCGAGAAGAGGGAGGCCUUAAUUUCGCGGAGGCGACACCAGAAGAGGCGUCGAAUACAGCAUACAACGAAUUUGAGAAACCAGGUGACCUUCAAGAGAAACAAAAACAUGUUACUCGAUGCAGACUGAACAAAAGGGUCCCAGCAGCACCGACAGCACCAUCGCAUUGUACCCCCGACGAGCGCCUUCGCAUUGGAGCUCUGGGCCGUCGCUACGACUUAUCUGUGGCGCUUUCUACCCUUUGUCCGCCUCGCGGUACUUCUCUGAGGAGCCGGAUAGUUCCGAUAAUGAGAACUGGUCCAAUUGGAAACCACGGUGGUUUUAUCCCACGGACAGCAAAGACAUUUGGAGGUGUUUCUGCACCGGCGGUCAUAAAGUGA